AUGGCACAAGGUAAGUUCAUCAUUCCUGGAAACAUUACAUUGUCGCAGGCUCUUCAGUUGCUGUUUUCUAUGGUAAACGUUCAGUUUAAAAACGUGUCUACCGAUUUGGAACGGAUUAUCCUACAGCCUCAUGCUGAUAGAUCUGCACUUAAACAUGUCGAGCGGACAUUAAGUGAGAUUCUUGAUUAUUUAUCCGAUGGAAUUAAGCGAAUUAAGAGCCAGUAUAGAAUGGAGCACCUAUUUAGCAGACCGCCAGCUGAGAAUAAACAUGAAGUGGAUGACCUUAGAAUCCUUGAACAAGAUGUGAAAAGGGCUAAAGAAGUUGCUAUGGAGAGGCUUGGUCAAUCUGAGAGCAUGGGAUCAUCGGAGCACGCACAUACAAGGUUUUCUGCGUUUCUGAAGAGUAGACUUGUAUCUAGUCGCAAAGAAGCGUUGAAGAAAGCACAAGAGGAGAUAGAAGCGAUGGAAGUCGAGGAUCUUAGAAGGCAAAGGCAACUUGAGGACGAACGGCAGAAAUACUUGAAAGAUGAAAGGCGGAGAAAAAUGGAGCUAGAGAGAAAUAAGAGGAUUGAGGAAAGUAUUAAAAAGGAGCUGGAAGCUGAAGCCGCUGAAAGAUUGCCCAGCAUUAAACAAGGGGCAAAAGAAAGCAGUAGAACAUCAACUGAAAUAAAGAAAUCGCAUCGUCUUUCUUUGGAUGUAAGUAUGAGGCGACCUAUUCUUAGGUCAUCAGAAAUGCCUCGUCAACGUUAUAGUAUGUAUGAAACCAAGAACACAGACGCUAUAUCGGUUGUAGCAGGUGUCAACAAAGCUGCUAUGUUGGCUUGGUUUAAAGACAAAGAACCACCCAGUAAUAAUAAUAAUCUGACUCCGACUAGAUCAGUUCCAGAACGUCCCAUUAAUCAUAGAAAGUAUGAAUAUAAAAGGCCUGAAGCCCGUCGAAACCCUAUUAAGUCUUCAUCGAGAUCAACAUCAUACCAUAGGACAAAGGGUGCAGACGAGGAGAGUCCAGCCCAAAUAGUUGUUACAGAUACAUCCCUUGAUGCACCUUCGCGCCGACCUGAGCCUGUACGAAGUCCUACUGGUAGAAGAAGCACUGCCCGUAAAGGCAGUCCUCUUCGCAGACAUAGUCCUUCUCCCCUACAAAGCUCUACUAUAAUACAGUCACCUGAGUCUUCGAUGGAUAAAAGAAUUGAGAAAGUAAUGGCUGAUCUAAAGGGCGUGGAUACUAACUCAUGUGAACAAAUUCUUAACGAUAUUCUUGUUGUUGACGACAAUGUUCGAUGGGAUGAUGUUGCUGGCCUAGCUAACGCUAAGAGUUGUUUAAAGGAAACAGUUGUGUAUCCAUUUUUGAGGCCAGAUUUAUUUAGGGGUUUGAGAGAGCCAAUUAGUGGCAUGCUUUUAUUUGGCCCUCCGGGCACCGGUAAAACCAUGAUUGCCAGGGCAGUUGCUACUGAGUCAAAUUCUACCUUUUUCAGUAUUAGCGCUUCUUCAUUAUUAUCGAAAUACUUGGGAGAAUCAGAAAAGCUGGUAAGAGCUCUAUUCUAUCUAGCAAAUAAGUUAUCCCCUUCAAUUAUUUUCAUUGAUGAGAUAGAUUCUUUGUUAACCGCUCGUUCAGAUAAUGAGAACGAAUCCUCAAGAAGGAUUAAAACAGAACUCUUCAUUCAAUGGUCUAAUUUGACAAGUGGAGCAACCAAAGAAAAUACAGAAUUCCAACAAGCUAAAAGGGUUCUUGUCUUGGCAGCAACUAAUUUACCUUGGGCUAUUGAUGAGGCAGCAAUAAGAAGAUUUUCACGGAGGUUAUAUAUACCUUUGCCUGAGUACGAAACGAGGCUGUAUCACUUAAAGAAAUUGAUGUCUUUGCAGAAAAAUGAUUUAUCUGAAGAAGACUUCAACAUAAUAGCUAAUAAUACGGAGGGUUAUUCUGGUUCGGACAUUACAGCACUUGCCAAGGAGGCUGCAAUGGAGCCAAUCCGAGAACUUGGUGAUAAUUUAAUUAAUGCCACUUUUAACACUAUCAGAGGCGUAGUGGUGGCCGAUUUUAAUCAUGCAAUGUCGACCAUCAAGAAAAGUGUGUCUCCUGAAUCACUACACAAAUUUGUUAUUUGGGCAGCAAACUUUGGCAGCGUGGGAUCUUAA